CCUCAUCUUCCCUUAUCGCCAUCUCUUAUCUUCCUCUCCUGCGCAACUGAGUCGACACCGGUGGCAGAGCGGACGCGCUGGAUGGCUGCUGCACUUAACGAACCGGCGUGAAUCCCCCCCUUUUUUUUGUUUGUUUGUGACAAUCUUUCUCCUACCUGAGCCUGAAAAGAACAGAAACAACAACUGCAGCAACAAUGACAGACCCGGCGACUCAAGAGUCCUACCCUGUCCCGGACCCGACUAUUGUGGAUGCGACGGUGCGGAACGGCCAGUGCCCCCCGGAUGGCUUCACUAACAACCACCACCAGCCAGCCAAGAGCCCCAGCCAGCCCGAGGCGCUCAACACGGGCCAGGAGAUGAAAAUGACCGAGACUGUGGAGGGAGAAGGUCUCCUGGAGAGCAGCAUGCGUCUGAAGCCCCACGAGGCCCAGAGCUACAGGAAGAGGGCCCUCUGGGUGUCAUGGAUCUCCAUCGUGGUCACACUCAUUCUGGCCGUGACAGCAUUCACUGUAUCAUUCAUGAGACACAGCGCAUCAGCCUUUGGAUUUGCUUUUGAUGCAACACUGGACGUCAUGUCAUCAAUCAUCGUCCUGUGGCGCUACAGCAACGCCGCCGCAGUGCACUCUGCGCACAGAGAGUACAUAGCAUGUGUCGUCCUCGGCGUCGUGUUUGUUCUCUCGUCCUUGUGCAUCCUUGGGAAGGCCAUCCAUAAUCUGGCCACCCGGAUGCUCCCGGAAGUGGACGACUUCCUCUUCAGUGUGUCCAUAGUGAGCGGGCUCCUGUGUUCUCUGCUGGCUGUGGUCAAGUUCAUGUUGGGAAGAGUUCUGACCAGUCGGGCACUUAUCACUGAUGGGUUUAACUCCCUGGUUGGAGCUAUUAUGGGAUUUUCCAUUCUGGUCAGUGCUGAGGUUUAUAAGAACCAUGCUGAUGUCUGGUUUUUGGAUGGCUCCAUCGGAGUGAUCAUUGGAUUCAUCAUUAUGGCAUAUGGCAUCAAACUCCUGAAGGACAUGGUGCCCCGAGUGAGGCAGACAAGGAACUAUGAACGCUUUGAUUGACAUACGCGCGUGUGUUGACCAGAAGAGCAGUUUAACACACACACACACAAGCACACACACUCACUCACUCGCACAAACAC